GACACAACAUCCAGCCUAUGAUUUGAUAAAGUAUUCAGAAUAGCUGAGACACAGCAGAGCACACUUACUCACGUACUCAGCACCAGGAGGACAGCUGCAAAACGAUAACGGUGAUUUUACAUGAUUUGCAGCUAUUCACAGAUGGUUUGUGAAAACUGGAUUCAACACCAUGUUGGUCAGCCAGCUGCUCUUGCCUGUGUACAUCCUUACCUUCCUGAUCGGGCUUCCCGCCAACAUCCUUGCAUUCUGUACCUUCUGCCGCAAGGUCCACCGCAAACCUGCCCCAAUUGACAUCCUCCUACUGAACCUCACAAUCUCUGACCUCAUCUUUCUCACCAUUUUGCCCUUUAAAAUGAAAGAGGCUGUUGAUGACAUGAUUUGGAAGAUGCCAGAAUGCCUGUGCCCCCUUAGCAGCUUUAUGUUCUUCUCUACUAUUUAUACCAGCACAUUGUUCCUUACAGGAGUUAGCAUGGAACGCUAUCUGGGUGUUGCUUUUCCAAUCCAAUACUCUGUUUAUCGUCGGCCAUGCUACGCCGUGAUUGCCAGCCUGUUCUUCUGGCUUGUUGGCACUCUGAACCUCAGCAUUGUUUACAUCGUGCCAUCUUUGCCUUCCAACAACAGCAGUGAGGGUCAAAGUUUCAACUGGAACAUGACACAACAUUCAGAAAUGAAAUGCUAUAACAACUUUACCCAAGAGCAACUCAGUAUUCUGCUACCAGUGCGUCUGGAGCUGUUUGUGGUGCUCUUCUGCAUUCCUUUCCUUAUCUGUGGCUUUUGCUACAUUAAUUUCAUUCGAAUUCUCUCCAAGUUGCCUCACAUCAGUCGGCGGCGCAGGCUUAGGGCUAUCGGACUAGCCCUUGGAACUCUGGUGGUGUUUGCUGUCUGUUUUGGUCCCUAUAACGCCUCACACGUGGUCGGGUUCGUCCGUGCAGAGAGUGAAGACUGGCGAGAUCUGGCUUUGAUCUCCAGUACGUUAAAUGCCUGCCUAGACCCAAUUAUUUUCUACUUCUCGUCUGCAGCAGUACGAAGUGCAAUCAGUGGUUUUGUGAAAGGAAUGAAGGAGAAAAGUCAUGUACUGAAGUGCAGGAAGAUUCAUUGUUGCCCCAUUCUGAUGUCUGAGACUGAUAAAUAUAGAGACAGAGACACACCUCCACUUGACAACCAGAGGCAUUCCUUAGGACAACUGGAAUUAGAAAGAGCGCUAUAG